AUGUCCAAAAAGAAGGGAAAUAAAAAAAAUCUUGAUUUUGGCGACGAUUUCGAAGAGAGUAAGACACAAGAUCAAACUUCUGAUAUAACCUCUAAAGGGAAAGGAAAAGGUAAAAAGAAAAGUAAAAUUAACAUUGACACAAGCGACAUUGAUGAUGCAGACAUACCGAAAAAAAGUAACAUCUCAGAUGAUGAACCUGAAGUGAAGCCAGUCAAAAAGUCUCAAAAAAAAGCUAAAAAAAAAGGUGGUGAUAUAUCUGAUGAUGAACAUGAUGAAAACAAAUCUACUCUCAGUAAUUCUACAAGUAUAGCUUCAAAAUCAUCUACAAAACAAAAUAAGAAAAAGAAAGGUAAAGGCAAGAAAGAUGAUGACUGGUCAGAUGAAAAUAGUGAUGUUGAAUUAAAAGAACUAUCUGAGGAGGAAGUUGCAAAACCUGUUAAUAAAAAAAAAGCUAAGAAUAAAAAAAAGUCUGUAGCUGUUGAAUCAUCAGAUGAAGAUGAAGAUGAUUCUAAAUCAGUAGUUAGUAAUGUAUCAAGUAAUGCCACACAGCCUGGCAAGGCCAAGGGUAAAAAAGGAAAAGGAAAAAAGGAUGAAUGGCCUGAUGAAGAAAGUGAUAAAGAAUUAAAAAUAGAAUCAGAAGAUGAAGAUAUUUUAAAACCUGUUGUCAAAAGUAAAGGUAAACACAGAAAGAAAAACAAUAUAGAUGAUAUUGAGGAAGAGUUGAAAAAAUUUGAAAUCAAAGAAGAAGAACCAGAAGAAGAGCAAGAAGACACAAAGCAAUCUGAAAAAAGUGAAGAAAAACUAGAACCUGAAAAGAAAAUGAGUCACAAAGAGAAGAAGAAGUUAAAGAAACAGCAAGAAUAUGAGAAACAGGUGGAAUUGCUCACCAAGAAGGGCGGACAGGGCCACAGUGACUUAGAUGCUAACUUUACAGUUAGUCAAGCUCAGAAAUCGGCAGGUCAGAUGGCAGCUUUAGAAAAUGCGGUCGACAUCAAAGUUGAGAACUUCUCGAUCAGCGCUAAAGGGAAAGACUUGUUUGUGAAUGCAACAUUACUUGUAGCUAAUGGCCGUAGGUAUGGUCUAGUUGGUCCUAAUGGCCAUGGAAAAACUACAUUGUUAAGGCAUUUGGCACAAAGGGCCUUUCCUCUCCCCCCUCACAUUGACAUACUGUUGUGUGAACAAGAGGUCACCGCAAGUGAUAUGAGUGCGGUUGACACUUUGCUGGAGUCAGAUGUUAAAAGAACUGAGCUUCUCAAAGAAUGUAAGGAUUUGGAACUUCAAAUUGAAAAGGGUGACCUAAAAAAACAAGAUAAAUUAAAUGAGGUAUACGCCGAGUUGAAGGCGAUAGGCGCGGACUCGGCGGAGCCGCGCGCGCGCCGCAUCCUGGCCGGUCUGGGCUUCAACCGCGCAAUGCAGGACCGCGCCACCAAGAACUUCUCCGGUGGCUGGCGCAUGAGAGUCUCUUUGGCACGAGCUUUAUAUAUUGAGCCGACACUUUUGCUACUCGAUGAACCUACAAACCAUUUAGAUCUUAACGCUGUCAUUUGGUUAGACAACUAUUUACAAGGAUGGAAAAAGACGUUGCUAGUAGUAUCCCACGACCAGUCCUUCUUAGACAAUGUAUGUAACGAGAUCAUUCACUUGGACCAGCAGAAGUUGUUCUAUUACAAGGGCAAUUAUUCUAUGUUCAAGAAAAUGUACGCGCAAAAGCGUAAAGAAAUGAUAAAGGAAUAUGAGAAACAAGAGAAGCGAUUGAAGGAAAUGAAGGCUCAUGGACAAUCUAAAAAAGCAGCUGAAAAGAAACAGAAGGAGGUGUUAACCCGCAAGCAAGAGAAGAACCGCAGCAAGGCGCAGCGCGAGGACGAGGACGGGCCCGCGCCGGCCGCGCUGCUGCAGCGCCCCAAGGAGUACCUCGUCAAGUUCUCCUUCCCCGACCCGCCGCCGCUGCAGCCGCCCAUACUCGGCCUGCACAAUGUGGAAUUCAACUUCCCCGGACAGAAGCCUCUAUUCAAGCAAGUGGACUUUGGUAUAGAUCUCAAUUCUCGUAUAGCUAUCGUGGGACCUAAUGGUGUUGGCAAGUCUACCUUCCUCAAACUUUUGGUUGGCGAGUUGAGUCCCAUUCGCGGAGAGCUGAUUAGAAACCAUAGACUAAGGAUCGGUCGCUUCGACCAGCACUCCGGCGAGCACCUGACCGCGGAGGAGUCCCCGGUGGAGUACCUGCAGCGUCUCUUCGGCCUGCAGUACGAGAAGGCUCGCAAGGCGCUCGGUACUUUCGGUCUGGCGGGACACGCGCAUACCAUCAAGAUGAAGGACCUCAGUGGAGGGCAGAAGGCCAGGGUUGCGUUGGCUGAAUUGACAUUGAUGGCACCUGAUGUUGUUAUAUUGGACGAACCGACGAACAAUCUGGACAUAGAGAGUAUAGACGCCUUAGCGGAAGCCAUUAACCAGUACAAGGGCGGCGUGGUGAUCGUGUCGCACGACGAGCGCCUCAUACGGGAGACGGACUGCGCGCUGUAUGUCAUCGAGGACCAGACUAUUAAUGAGGUGGACGGUGACUUCGACGACUACCGUAAGGAGCUUUUGGAGAGCCUCGGAGAGACCAUCAACUCGCCGUCUAUCAUCGCCAAUGCCGCUGUACUGCAA